AUGACCCGAGUGGUGUGUCCCCUGGCAACAACACUCUCUAACCUCUCAAUGGCCACCAACACAUCACAAGUGCCAAUGAACAAUUCUUCUUCCUGUGAUUCCAUCUCCCCCUCUCUGCAUCAGAACAAGCUGAUCCCAACCAUCUUCAGUUUCAUCUUUGUCUUUGGUUUUGUGGGCAAUGUCUUGGUGGUGUUCGUGUUGUGUCAAAAGUCCAACCGUAAAACAGUGGCCAACACCUACAUUGUAAACUUGGCCCUCUCAGAUCUGUUGUUCCUGAUCAGCCUGCCUUUCUGGGCAGUCUACUACUCCGUUGACUACAACUGGGUGUUUGGUGGGCUGAUGUGUAAGCUGUGUGGCAGCCUCCUCUCUCUGAACGUCUACGCCAGCAUUUACUUCAUCACCUGUAUGAGUGUGGACCUCUACAGAGCCAUUGUCUAUCCCCUCCAGUCUCAGUGCAGCAGGAACCUGUGUUGGGCACGAGUGGUCAGCUGUGUGAUCUGGACCAUUGCUGGCCUCAUGACCAUCCCUACAAUGGCCUUCAGAGACACCUACCACCUGGAGGACCUGGGGGUCACGGCAUGUGCCCUCAGAUAUCCACCUACCCAGACAAACUGGUUCCCUGGCCUGGCCCUGACAAAGAACAUCCUGGCCUUCUUGGUGCCCUUCACAGUCAUCACCAGCUAUUACUGCUGCAUUGGGAAGCAUCUCCUGGGGGCACAGCCCAGCCUGGAAAAGAGCUCCAGCAACCUGGACCGUGUGAUGAAGAUGGUAGUGGCUGUGGUGCUGGUCUUCUUAGUCUGCUGGUUCCCCUUCCACUUUCUGACCUUCAUGGACGUCCUGAGCACCCUGGGGGUGAUGCACAGCUGUUGGGUGCGCCAGGCCAUCAUCACCCUGAUGCCCUUCACCCUCUGCCUGGGCUUCUUCAACAGCGCCAUCAACCCUGUACUCUAUUGCUUUGUGGGGAUCCACUUUCGGGAGCAGCUGUGGCGGCUGUACGAGGAGAAGGCUCCCAGGCUGUGUCAGAAGAGAGACUCCAUCAGGACCAGGCUUAGCUCCUUCUCCAGGAACAUCAAAGAUACAGGGCAACUGGAGACUCUGGGAAAACACAGUAGGGACCGUAGUGAAUCACCUGGCAGGACUAUGAGAGGACUGCUGUCAGAUGUGUAG